AUGGCAAAGUUGCUUGAAGCCCGCAAAGUCGCCUGCAAGAAGGACAAAGAGAAUACCAUUUUCGCCGGAUUGAACUUCAAUGUCAACGAGAGAGAUAUUGUCGUUCUGCAAGGCAAGAGUGGUUCAGGGAAAACUACGCUUUUAAAGUGCAUCGCCCAUCUCAACGUUUAUGACGGGGAGAUCUUAUAUAGAGGACGGACAGCAAAGGCACAUGGCGUGCCUGCGUUUAGAACGCGUGUUUUCUACGUACCUCAAAGGCCGGCUUUGCUGCCAGGCACGCCGCACGACUUCAUCGCAACGAUCACAUCCUUCCAGUCCCGUAAAUUGACCUCGACGUCUGCGGUUGGUGAUCUCGCUUACGCUAUGGAGGUCGCCAGGGCAUGGGGCAUCGAUGACGAGCUAUGGGACAGGAACUGGACUAGCUUAAGUGGUGGCGAGGCGCAAAGGAUAGCGUUGGCCACGGCGGUGGGGCUGAACACUGCUGAAGUUCUUCUACUAGACGAGCCGACCUCAGCUCUCGAUCAUCACUCUACCAAGCUUGUGGAAGAGUUUAUCCUUAGUGACCUCAGAUCCUCUGAAGGUAGGUUGAAGGCGAUAGUCUGGAUCACCCAUUCCGAGGAGCAAGCAAGAAGAGUAGGAACCAGAUUCCUUAGGAUCUCAACGUCUGGUUGUGAGGAAGAGCCGCGCAUGCCUGAACCGUAGAUGAGGCCUAGGAUAUUUAUUAUGAUGUCUCGUGAAUUUUUAGGCGCUCGAUUAUUAUUCGAAGGAUAUCUUGAUGCAAUGAAAACGAUAUAAGGGAU